CAAUUCUCCGCAGUGCAAACCUGCAUCGACGGCAACAAAGUGGUGGUUUGCUGGCAGUAUAAUUUAUUUUUGGCUUGAUUAUUUUGUUUCGUUGGAGCGGCAUGAUAUAAUUUUUGAGCACACUUGUUUUUCAAUUUGGCGUAAGCAUACUGGGCACCUUCAAUUUCAAUUCAAUUUGGUGGCAGUAGGUUAAAGUCUUUGUUCCCAGGUUCUUUUCUUAAAUUCUGUGAGCAAAUGGCUAUUAUUUCUGCAAGCAUUAGUGAAAUCAAUAUGCAUAUUUAAAUUUUUUUCUCUCUAGGAGCAUGAAUAAUUUGCAAUGACAUUUUUGCGAUAAUUUGAGUUUUAGUUUUGCUGAACAAUUAAGUUUUAUCCUAUGAUCUUGUGUUGUGGUUAACUGUGUUUAAAUUUGGUCAAUUCUAGCAUUUGUUAGUCUUUGGAGGGGAUUAAUUGAGUAUAGAUCAUGCCUUUUAAUUCUAAGCUCGAUAGGAUAAAUGAAUAAAUGAUUUGGUUGUCUUAUCAAAUUGUUUAUUUGGUUUCUAAACUCGAGUAUUCCGUAGUUCUUUUAGGACUUAAUGGGUUUUAAUUAUUUGAAUAAGUGUCUUAAGCAUAUAAAUGAUUAAAGCGCUAGACUAUUUCUGGACGCCAUAUAGAGUAGUCAUAUAUAUCAAGACAAUUGUUUGACAAUGUUAAACUAAUAUAUUAAAGAAAAGAACGAGCUCGUAAUUGUUUGGCAAUGUUAAACUAAUAUGCAAAUCUAGUAAUAGUAGUUGAUUCAUGCUCUUAGGCUUUUCCAAUAUUGUUUAUUUGAUAAUUUGGUUCUUGGUAAAUUCUCUGUUCACCUUCCCGAGUUUUGAUUCAAUUGUCUUGCAUUUUGAUCUUUAUCUUUGUUAUCCGUUUUUAGCACUUUAAUUUGUUAAGCUAAUUGCUUUAAUUAGUCUUUAAAUUGCAUUGUUUUAAUUCCAUGUGGGAUCAACCCUUGCUAAAGCACACUAUCACUACAAUUGACUCGUGCACUUGCGAGGACUAUAUUAAAAUUGUCCAUCAAUGUCCAUCACCAUACCAUACUCAAGACCAAUACUCAUGCUCCACUCCUUACAUGGAUAACUAUCCAUCCCCAUAUGAGUACCCACCCCCACCAUACCAAUUUGAAAGAGCCCAUGCUAUAUACUCCUAUGAUCCUCAUGAUGCUCAAUACACAAAUGAACCCCCACCAUACGCAAAUGAACCAUACAAGCAAUCAUACUUUGAGGACCCAUACCAUAACAACCCCCCACUACACUCUUUUGAUGGGAAUGAAUUCCAAGAAAGGGAGUUGCAAGAAGAGUGGAAUGCUUUGAAAAAUGACACAUUGCAACCCUUAAAACAAAUGGAGGAACAAUUGGCGUUUAUGAUGAAAGAACUCACAACAAGAACCCAAGGGGAAGACCAUGCUAGCACAUUGGGGAGUGGUGAAACAAUCCCGGAAAUAUCGUGGGCCAAAGAUGAUCCUAUGCUAGAGGAGACCCCUGUGCUUGAAGAGGCUCCAAUUCAUCAAUUGGAAGAUCAAACGGGGGUAGAAAUUGAGAGUGUAAAUGAUGAGGAAGUUGAGCUAGUGUGGGAAGAUGAGGAGCCAAAUGGUGAUCUUGGUGUGGCACCACAGAAAGGCACCACAGAAAAAUUGAACAACAAAUGAUCAAAAGUAGAGAAAAUGGCACCAUGAAACAGGGGAAAUCUGGACAAACUUUCUACUUCAUCUCCACGAGCAAGUCCACGUUCGUGGACGAACUCAUGGACAUGAAACAGAAAAUUCCACGCCAAGGAUCACAAGAGUGGGAAUUCUGUUGAAAAUUUCUAGAAACAUCCACGAGCAAGUCCAUGUUCGUGGACGAGCUCGUGGACAUGGAUUUGAACAAGUGUUGUGGACUUUGCUAUUUUUCUUCCAACCUUUGAGAGCUUCCAAGUUUAGCUUUGCCAAGAAUCAUCUUUCAUCUUGUUUUACAUCUCUUUCUUGUUGCUUUUAUUUUAGUUAUUUGCUUUGUUCUAGAAUUUACCUUUUGAUGCUUCUAUUGUUUGGAAUUGUUGCAUUGCAUUUGUUUUCUUAAUUGGCAUUUGAGUCGGGCUAAAGACUUUAAACAUGGCGCUCUUGGGAGGCACCCCAAGGAUCAUCUCAAAAAAAAAAGUAGAGAAAAGAGCAAAAGAUUGUGAAUAAUGGGAGUAGCUUUCUACUCCAUUGCACUUCAUUUGGUUGUCUUCACGCACUAACCUUGUUUCAUGUAGCUUGGAGAAUAGAGGCAAAAUAGAUGUUUGGAAGCUUAAAGUGUGGAAAGGAAGAUAUGCUCACUUGGUUGUAAACCUCUUAUCCAUUUUUACCUUUGAAUGCCCCGUUUUUCAAUUCUAAAGUGUGGAAAAGAGUUGUUACACAUGCAUGCACUUGAUGAGCUUUCCAUUUGUUAAACCACAAAGCGUUAUGUUAUUGAUACCCCGAACCCCGGAAACACUUCUAAAGUGUGGAAAUGGGUUUGCUUGAAUUGAAUGACUCGUGCUCCUUUGUUCCACUUGGUCCUCAAGGCAACAUCGAGGACGAUGUUUGAUUUAAAGUGUGGAAAGGAUACACUUUGUGCUUGAACUGCUUGUGAUUGCUUAAUUGGUCAAUUGGUCUUGAUUGAUGGGUGUGUUUGAUUUUGGAGAGUGUCAUUGUUUAUGCUAUCUAGGAAGAGUUUUAAUCAUGUGCCAAUAAAGUUUUUACUCUUGGGAUAUCCUUUGGAAGUUAUCUUUUGCACCUAAAUUGAAAUGUUUGGAACCAAAGAGGUUCAAAUUCCUGUGUGCUUGCAUGUUGUUCACCUUUUAUUUUGUUAGGACCUUAGUCAAGGAUCUCUCGAAGUAGGAGUGUGCACCCCUUAACUUGUGAAAGAUAAAUGCUAAGCGAAGCCCGGAAUUGAAUUAUCUUGGUAAGGCAUGGGGCAAAAGGUGAGCCUUUGGUGAGCUUGAAAGUGAAUCCCUUAUCCCUAGAAAAAGGCAUGAGGGGUUGAUAUGAGAAAAGAAAGAAAAGGGCUUUAAUGGCCACUUCUAGAGGUAAGAUCUGAGGUGAGUCAUCUUGCUAGGAUUUGGGAUAACCAUUGCACUAUCUUUGAAAAAGCGUAGAGCUCUAUGUAAAGUCGGUUGUCCCAAUGACGUUAUCUUAGAAGAUGAGAAAACAAGAGAGGAGG